ACAAGAUGAGAGUUCUCACAAUAUAAAACCAAAAUACACAAAAUAAGUUAUUUUCCAAAAAUACAAAACAAAACUAUGGCUUCAUCAUCACCAGCAGCAGAAACAUGGCUCUUAGAAAAUGGACAUAUUAAGCCAUUAAGCAAAGAGAUGCGCCAUGGCCAUGGUCGUAGCCAUGGACGAACGGCUCACAACGUAUCGUCUUCGUCUCUUAGGAAAAAGUCUGAUCUUACCCUUGUACGGAAAGUACCUUGUGCCAUUGUUAGAGAUGUUCUUGCUAAUGUUCAAGAGGUCAUUUUGGGAACUAAGCUUUUUGUGCUCUUCAUUGCCAUACCUAUUGCCAUUGUUGCUCAUUACAAAAACUUUGGAAGACCAUGGGUUUUUGGAUUGAGUUUACUUGGACUUACUCCAUUGGCUGAACGUGUCAGCUUCUUGACAGAACAAAUAGCUUUCUUUACUGGUCCAACAGUUGGAGGGCUUCUAAAUGCAACAUGUGGAAAUGCCACAGAACUUAUAAUAGCAAUAUUUGCUCUAAUCCAACAUAAAGUGGAUGUUGUCAAAUAUUCACUCUUGGGAUCUAUUCUUUCAAAUCUUCUUUUGGUUCUUGGCACUUCAUUAUUUUGUGGUGGCAUUGCAAAUAUAUCCAAGGAACAAAAAUAUGAUAGAAAACAAGCAGAUGUGAACUCUCUACUUUUGCUGUUGGGAUUAUUAUGUCAUGUGUUGCCUUUGAUGUUCCGUUAUGCUGGAGUUGGAGAAUCAGCAGCAAUAACAGCACAAGCAACAUUGAAUCUAUCAAGAGUCAGCUGCAUUGUUAUGCUACUUGCUUAUUUUGGUUAUCUUGUUUUCCAGUUGUGGACUCACAGACAACUUUUCGACGCACAAGCCGAAGAUAACGAAGGCGAUGAUAACGAAGAUGAAGAAGCAGUGCUUGGAUUUUGGAGUGCAUUUGCAUGGUUGGUUGGAAUGACUAUUCUUAUUGCUCUAUUAUCUGAAUAUGUUGUUGGUACCAUUGAGGCAGCAUCAGAUUCUUGGGGAAUUUCAGUGAGUUUCAUCAGUGUUAUUUUAUUACCAAUUGUUGGAAAUGCUGCUGAACAUGCUGGGGCUAUAAUUUUUGCUUUCAAGAACAAGUUGGACAUUUCUUUGGGAGUUGCCUUAGGUUCAGCAACUCAAAUUGCCAUGUUUGUGGUUCCAUUAUGUGUGAUUAUAUCAUGGAUUAUUGGUGUAAGAAUGGAUCUUGAUUUUAGUCUUCUUGAGACAAGUUCCCUUGCUUUGGCAAUAAUUGUCACAGCUUUCACUCUACAGGAUGGAACAUCUCACUAUAUUAAAGGAUUAGUCCUCCUGCUCUGUUACAUUGUCAUUGGUGCAUGUUUUUUUGUAUCCAACAUACCACAAAACCAACCAAAUGGUGUCAAUUUGGGCUCAUCAAGUGAAGGAAUCAUGAGAGUUUGAUGAUCAUCACAAACUAAUCAAAAAAUGGAUGCAUAUUUUAUUCUUUGAUUGGGAAUAUUGGGUUUAAUUGAAUCAUAUCAUAAGAGUUGAAUGUACUAUUUCAAUUCUGUGUGUUACCAAAUGGUAUGAUUGAAUCAUGAUCAUAUAAGUCAAUGAUGUUUAUAUAUGUGUUAUUCUAUAGUUGCUGAGGGUUUCUUGUAAUAGCAACUGGUUGUAAGAGUUCUACUUUUAUUUACGGUUUUUUCAAAAGAAUAAAUGAAUAUUUCCAUUAA